AUGAAGUUUUCUAACUUCGGACCUUUGUUCCUAGCUAUAGGUCUCGGCCUGUUCGUCGGCCAUGGCCAAGCCGAUAUCACCGCAACAAACCUUUUUGAAACGAUUCCCAGCGGUACCGAUGGAAAUUGCGUGGGGAAACCUAUCGAUACAAUGGUCCAAGAGGCUGUUAUGCUCAACGACAAGGCUAUAGCAGCUAUCAACGUCCUUCUAGAACCGAAACUAUUCUGGUCAGGUGGGAACGACGAACGCAUCGCAAAAAUAGCCAGUGCUAUCUGGGGGGUUCAGCUGGAUAAGCCAAUGAUCUAUGCGGGAUUUCGCUUUAGGAUUGAUGAUUCUGGCAGAGACACGUUGACCAAGGCUAAAACGAACUACGAAUUGGCCAACGAAAAAUUGAAUAGCAAUAGCGUCAACGGCGGGAAAUUGACUUGUGGAGGAAAGGAUUGGCAAUACGUUGCCACUUGGGAGGACCUGGGUUAUAAGGGAAACACAGAACCAGUUGACAAAUACGUCUCGAAAUACUUCUCUCAGAAGGAUGAUCAAGGCCGGUAUAUCAUUGAACCGGGAAAGAUUAUUAUCACAGAACAAACGCGCAACGGAAAAAGUCUUGCCGGCAAGAGUCUCUGCGAUGAUCCUGGCAGGGCCCAAACUUGGACGGUAUCUCACUUGAUCAUGAUGUGCGACCAAUGUUUUGAUCAACCUACUCUUUCCACACUGGAGGGGCAGCAAGGCUCGUGGCCAUCAGGGAAGCACAUGGACGACAUUCAAACAGCAGGGGCAGAAUUCCAGCACGAGAUGCUUCAUUACAUUGGCAAAGGAAUUGGCGAUACCGACAUGGGUAAUGGCGAGGCUGGGUACGGUUGGGAAAAUUGUGCCAUCAUCGCCUCGCAGCCAGGUCAACUUGCAUUAAAGAAUGCAGACAAUUACCGCGUGUUUGCAAUGGCAGUAUUCUUCAGCCAGAUUAGUUGGGAUGAGUAUGGGGAAAAGCCCUGA